GUCAAGGCUGCAUCAGAGUAUCAUUAUUCAGUUUAUGAAUCUAGAAGAAUAUAUGUUGUGGACUUGGAUGCUAACAAAUGCAACUGUUGUAGAUUUCAGAUUGAUGAAAUUCCAUGUCCACACGCGAUUGCAGUAUUGAAGAGUAUAAAUGUUACGAAGUUUCGUCCGUGGUGCUCUGAUUACUAUAAGCCUACGACAUUAGUGAAGACAUAUGAACUUCCUGUAGUACCUAUGCCGGAUAAGAAGGAUUGGCAUGCGCCUAAAUGUGUCGAAAAAGAAGAAGUCAUACCACCCAAAUACAAAAGACCACCUGGUAGGCCGAAAAAGAGUAGGUGUAAGAAAGCAAGUGAAAAACUAUCCUCCCGUACAAACUGUUGUGGUAAAUAUGGUCGAGAAGGUCAUAAUAGACGUACUUGCAACUUCUUUCCAAAGGAGAGUUGA